CCCUAUCUUGCCUCUAGGUUCCGCUGAGCUCCUCCCCCGUGUUGGGGGGCUUUCGUUUGAUCAAAUCCUUCAACUUGAACCGCUUCGCCCAAUAUCACUUUUUACAACAACGGCAACUGUAAACCCGCAACUUGCGAAGCGCUCUCUAAUAGCACAAUAUAUUAACAAAGGGGAAAAAGAGGAAGGGGAUUAAAUACUCUGUGUCAUUCAUUGCCAGCGGUAAUGGAGAGACGGGUCAGAUUGUGCCCAAUUCGGCAAAUGGCUUUUUGCUUCCAGCUUCUGAUCUUGACCUCCUUCUUUAUCAUAACCAAGACGAAUAUAACUUGUAGAUCUUGUCACCUCCCGGUUCGCCCGCGAUCUAACGGGUUAUUAGAAUCACUUCAAGCGGAGAAAUUUGCAACAGGCUCCGGAGGGGAAGUUAUCAGAAAUGGAGACGGGGCAGCUGGGUACGAUCCUGCAAGUGAUGAAACUCACCGGCGUGAAUAUCUGGGGGAUCCUGACGAUCGGCUCUCGGAUCCCGGCGAGGACAGAAGCGGGCACCGAAAAUGGACUACUGCCCUGAACCGUUUGGGAAAAGGACAGAUGUCAGACGGAGAGAAAGUUUUCGACCUCGAUAUGAAAAACGAGAGAGGAAAUAGUGGACGGAAUACUAUGUCUUCAGCAGUUGUAGGUAACAACAUUGCCGAUAGUUUGGGUGGCGGGGAUCGCAGGCGCAGCGUUGGACUUUGGGGAGAAUCGGACCGCGGGAGAUGGUCACAUUCAUCCCCAAAGAAAGGUUCCCUGCCAUCGGGCCAGCGCAGGAAGCGCAGCCCAUCACUGCAUAGAUUCGUUCGCUCAGAAUUGAGAUUUAACAGUGAAGACAGACGGACGUCCAGCUCAAGACAGGACGAGCUGAAACUUACCAGCUCGACUUUCGCACUGACGGGAGACUCAACCCAUAACCAAGCUAUGGUGCACUGGUCAGGGCAGAAUAGCAGCGUCAUUCUUAUGCUAACCAAGCUGUUCGACUUCAACUUGGGCAGUGUCACAGAGAGUUCCCUGUGGAGGUCCACAGACUAUGGAACAACUUAUGAGAAACUCAAUGAUAAAGUUGGGGCAAAAACCAUUCUGAGCUACUUGUACGUCAGUCCCAAUAACAAGAGAAAGAUUAUGCUGUUGACUGACCCAGAUACUGAAAGUAGUCUGCUGAUCAGCACUGAUGAGGGAGCCACUUACCAGAAGUACCGCUUAAAUUUCUACAUUUUGAGUUUAUUGUUUCACCCUGAGCAGGAGGACUGGAUUUUGGCAUAUAGCCAUGAUCAAAAGCUCUACAGUUCUGUGGAGUUUGGAAGAAGAUGGCAACUUGUUCAUGAGAGAGUGGCUCCUAAUCGAUUCUAUUGGUCGAAAACAACGUUAGACAAAGAAUCUGGCCUAAUUCAUCUGGAGACCAGUAUUUCAGAAGGACGGGCUCAAUAUGUCACCUGCAAACUACAGAACUGCUCGGAGGCCAACAAAGGCAAACCGUUUCCAGGGUAUAUUGACCCCAAUUCCCUUGUGGUUCAGGAUGAGUAUGUCUUCGUUCAGGUAUCUACAGGAGGUCGGCCGGUCUACUAUGUGUCUUAUAAAAGAGACGUCUUUGUACCUAUGAAGUUGCCGAAGUAUGCUUUGCCAAAGGAUCUACAUGUUAUCAGCACCGAUGAAAAUCGGGUAGUGGCUGCUGUGCAGGAGUGGAACCAGAACGACACUUACAACUUGUAUGUGUCAGAGGCUCGGGGGGUCUACUUCACCCUGGCGCUGGAGAGCGUGAUGAGCAGCAUGGGGCCAGAAGGCAAUGUCAUGAUUGAUCUCUAUGAGGUAGCAGGGAUAAAAGGGAUGUUCUUGGCAAACAAAAAGCUUGAUAACCAAGUGAAGACCUAUAUCACCUACAACAAAGGCAGAGACUGGCGUUUACUUCAAGCCCCUGUUACAGACCUUAGGGGGAAUAGCAUUCACUGCAUACUGCCGUACUGCUCGCUGCACUUACAUCUUCAUGUAUCGGAGAAUCCGUACACAUCUGGAACCAUAGCCAGCAAAGACUCAGCGCCUGGUAUCAUUGUGGCAUCGGGAUCCAUUGGUGCAGAGUUGACAACCAAUAAUGUCAGUAUGUUCAUAACAUCAGAUGCUGGAAACACAUGGAGACAGAUAUUUGAGGAAGAGUACAGUGUGCUAUAUCUGGACCAAGGUGGUGCUUUAGUGGCAAUCAGACAUACUCCACUUCCCAUCAGACAUCUCUGGCUGAGCUUUGACGAAGGGAGAAUCUGGAACAAAUACAGUUUCACUACUUCCCCUCUUUUUGUGGAUGGAGUAUUAGGAGAACCAGGGGAGGAAACACUUAUAAUGACAAUAUUCGGCCAUGUCACCCAUCGCUCUGAGUGGCAGCUUGUCAAAAUUGACUUCAGAUCCAUCUUCAAUAGGAGAUGUACAGAGGGGGAUUAUCAAACAUGGCAUCUCCAUAACCAGGGAGAGCCAUGUAUCAUGGGAGUGAAAAGGAUAUACCAGAAGCUGAAGCCUAUAGCCAGGUGUGUUAUGGGCAAAGAUUACUCUGUCACCAUGGCGUCAGAACCCUGUGAAUGCACCGAGUCUGACUUUGAAUGUGAUUAUGGCUACGAGAGGCGUAGCAAUGGGAAGUGCUCACCAUCCUUCUGGUUUCUUCCAUCUUCAAUGGCGAGAAGCUGUACCACUGGAAACAUUUUCCUUAAUAGCACGGGAUACAGGAAGGUUGUGUCCAAUAACUGCACCGCUGGUAUAAUUGAGGAAUACACCGCCAGGAAACAGCGGUGCCCCAGCCGAGCUCCCAGAGGCCUUCAUCUCAUCACGAGCGAAGGAAAGCUGACAGCUACACUGGGGACCAAUGUCACUUUUCUUGUCUUUCUUGAGGAGGGUGAUGGAUCUAGAACAAGCGUCACAUUGGAUUUUGGAGAUGGCAAUGCAGUAACGUACUCCAACCUUAGUUCCAUUGAAGAUGGAAUCAAGCACGUUUACCGAAAUGUUGGAAUUUACAAAGUUUCUGCAAUGGCGGAGAACGGUCUUGGCUCUGAAAGUGUGGUUCUCUACCUGCACAUAACAUGUCAGCUAGAACAUAUCUACCUUUCGGCUCCCUUUGUGGCAGUAACGAAUAAAGAAGUGAAUCUAACAGCAGUCUUAUGGCCAAGCCAAGUGGGAUCAGUCACUUACAUCUGGUGGUUUGGAAAUAACACAGAGCCUCUGAUCACCCUUGAGGGAAGCGUUGCAUUUACAUUCAGCCGAGAAGGAAUCAACACAGUGACGGUGCAGGUGUCUGCUGGGAGCAAGAUCCUGCAAGACAAGAGAACUAUCGUCGUGCAUGAAUAUUUUAGGUCACAUCUUUUAGCAUUUUCUUCAAACUUGGAUGAACAUAACCCUGAUGUUGCUGAAUGGAGACAAGACAUCAGCAGAGUAAUUAAGAAAUCUAUGGUUGAAGCCACCGAAGUCAAUCAGGAGCAGCUUUUGGUCGCGGUCCUGCCCGGUUUACCUACAGCAGCAGAAUUCUUCCUUCUGCCCAGUAAAGAUUUAACAGAAAGGAAACCAGAAGCAGUCUCAGCUCAUUUGGAUCAGAUAUAUGAAGUCUUGCUCGGAGCCCUUAAUCAAAACCUUGUACAGUUCACUCUCCGGCCCAGGGUUCAGGUCACAGUCUACGCCGCACAUUUGUCUGCCGCUCCACUCGUGGACACCACUGAUAGCCACAGCGGCGCUGCCAUGCUCAUGCUGCUCUCAGUGGUAGUUGUGGGUUUAGCAGUCUUUGUCGUCUAUAAAUUCAAAAGGAAGAUCCCAGGCAUCAGUGUCUAUGCGCAGAUGCAGAACGAAAAAGAGCAAGAAGUGAUUAGUCCAGUCAGUCCAAUGGAAGAGACGCCAAAACUACAAAAGGACUUGGUGACUUCUCUGGAACUGCUGGACGCAGAGAUGAAUACACAGGCCAUAGAACCUCACACAGACAUCAGAUUUGCAACAGAAAUACCUACUUAUGUCAAUGUUUGAAUUCUGGAACCCAAGUCAGAUGCAGUUGUGUUUCGGACCCACAAACCAUUCAGACACAAAGGUUUCAAGCUUUAUGCCUGUGCAUGUUGGACUGUGCUGACACAAACUGUGCUCUGUGGAUACCAGAAUAAACUGUACAGGUUUUUUAUA